AAUUCCUUAUCAGCUGGACAGCCUUGCACCAAGAUAUUUCCUUCCCAGCAGCCUCCAUUAACUGCUGACACAGUCAGACCAUCUGAUGUAGCAGUGCUUUCCUAUGCUGGACUUAAUGAACAAAGCACUGAGCUGUCCACAGUCUUAUCAAAACUCACAGAGCUGGUGACUCUGUUCAAUCCUGGACUAGUGACUCCCAUCUCAGAAGACAAACGCAUCCCUCAGUUUCUUCAACAUGGCACACUGGUGGACCAAGCAAAUAAAUUGUCCCUUUACUUACAGAGCAACAAGCAGGGCGCUGAUGAGAAUCAAGACUGGAAGUUGGUGCUUCUCUUUGUUCAGCUGGAUCGACUGUGUGCCUGUGAGCAGCAGGAGCAGAUCUCGUCUCUUCUCAAACAGCUGGUUGAGGAGGUAGAUAUUGCUGUGCAGUUGCUCCACUCUCAGCUGAAAAAGACCAUUGUCAGUGUGGCAUUGUGGGAUGGAGGACUAAACACAUUCCAGACAAAGAUGUGCCCAUGCACACACACAUACACCGACGGAGAACUCAAGCUUCAGAGAGCCGUGCUGACUCACACCCUGCAGGAGUUGCUGGAUGAGCUGAUGGUACAGAAACAUUGGUACAGAGACAGAGAUGACUUCACUGUCACUCUUCAGGCGACCCCUCUCAUCAGAGGCCUGUCAUCUACUGGAAAGCCUAUUGGAGAGUUUGAAGCCUCAAAGCGAACUGAUGAACUGAUGCUACAGUUGUGGAAAAACCUGCUUCAGCCCAUUGUCGACCAACAUAUUCCAGACCAUAAGAAAAACAUCCUUACAUUGCAAUGCCCCACUGAGGACCGACCGUUCCUGAGGACAGAAUUUAACACUCCUUCAAGUCACCACAGAAACGCAGACCAUUUCAUUCAGACUCAUACAGGCACAGAGUUGCCCUGUGAAGAUCGCAGUCCUUCAUCCUCCAUUCCUACUUCAGUCCAUGAACUCCGGCCUGCAGAUAUCAAAGUUGUGGCGGCUGUGGGGGAUUCUUUAACAGCAGGGAACGGCAUCGGAUCCAGCCCUAAUGACAUCCUGGAUGUCUUACGUCAGUACCGAGGUUUAUCCUGGUGCAUUGGUGGAGAUGGAGACCUCACAACUGUUACCACUUUACCCAACAUUUUAAAACAUUUUAACCACAAUGUGAAGGGAUACUCGCUUGGUGUCGGUAAUCAGGAUAAUCCACAAGCUUUCCUUAAUCAGGCAGUACCUGGUGCAACAAGCCCGGAUAUACCAUCACAAGUGCGUACCCUGGUAACAAAGAUGAAAAAUGACGUUAAUAUCAACUUUGAAUCAGACUGGAAGCUGAUUACUAUCUUUAUUGGUGGAAAUGACCUUUGUGCAUACUGCGAAAAUAACCUCCUUUACUCAGUGGAAAACUACGUAGGGUUUCUCAAGGAAAGCUUGGACUAUCUCCAAAAAGAGGUUCCCCGAGCUCUGGUGAACCUAGUGGAGCCUCUUUACAUAACUCCACUCAGAGAAAUGCACAUGGACGCAUCGCUGAAUUGUCCAACAUGGCUUGUAAACAUGUUGUGCCCUUGUGUGGUAAUGCCAGAGCCUAACUCUGAAGCUCUUCAAAUACUGGAAACCGUAAACAGAGGAUAUCAGCGUUCUCUGCAUGAACUUAUUGAUUCUGGCCGGUAUGAUACCCAGUCAGACUUCACUGUGGUCAUUCAGCCUUUCCUCAGAGACAUCGCUUUGCCCAGACUGCCAGAUGGACGUCCAGAUCGCUCUUACUUCAGCGCUGACUGCUUUCAUCUCAGCCAGAAAUCCCAAACACUGAUGGCUCGUUCUCUUUGGAACAACAUGCUGGAACCUGUGGGAAGCAAAACCUCCAGCCAGGACUUUAAUUCUGCUUUUGACCUGAAAUGUUCAACAAAUGAUUCCCCCUUUAUUCGGACAUCUAAGAACAGUGAUUACACUUAUUCUGCACCCUCCUCCAAAACUGAUCCUAUUACUAAUCGGGGAAGCGAUUUUUCAUGCAACAUCUUGGCUCCCUCUGACAGUAAACCAACUUCAGCUGACACAGUCAGACCAUCUGAUGUAGCAGUGCUUUCCUAUGUUGGACUUAAUGAAGAAAGCACUGAGCUGUCCACAGUCUUAUCAAAACUCACAGAGCUGGUGACUCUGUUCAAUCCUGGACUAGUGACUCCCAUCUCAGAAGACAAACGCAUCCCUCAGUUUCUUCAACAUGGCACACUGGUGGACCAAGCAAAUGAACUGUCCCUUUACUUACAGAGCAACAAGGGCGCUGAUGAGAAUCAAGACUGGAAGUUGGUGCUUCUCUUUGUUCAGCUGGAUCGACUGUGUGCCUGUGAGCAGCAGGAGCAGAUCUCGUCUCUUCUCAAACAGCUGGUUGAGGAGGUAGAUAUUGCUGUGCAGUUGCUCCACUCUCAGCUGAAAAAGAUCAUUGUCAGUGUGGCAUUGUGGGAUGGAGGACUAAACACAUUCCAGACAAAGAUGUGCCCAUGCACACACACAUACACCGACGGAGAACUCAAGCUUCAGAGAGCCGUGCUGACUCACACCCUGCAGGAGUUGCUGGAUGAGCUGAUGGUACAGAAACAUUGGUACAGAGACAGAGAUGACUUCACUGUCACUCUUCAGGCGACCCCUCUCAUCAGAGGCCUGUCAUCUACUGGAAAGCCUAUUGGAGAGUUUGAAGCCUCAAAGCGAACUGAUGAACUGAUGCUACAGUUGUGGAAAAACCUGCUUCAGCCCAUUGUCGACCAACAUAUUCCAGACCAUAAGAAAAACAUCCCUACAUUGCAAUGCCCCACUGAGGACCGACCGUUCCUGAGGACAGAAUUUAACACUCCUUCAAGUCACCACAGAAACGCAGACCAUUUCAUUCAGACUCAUACAGGCACAGAGUUGCCCUGUGAAGACCGCAGUCCUUCAUCCUCCAUUCCUACUUCAGUCCAUGAACUCCGGCCUGCAGAUAUCAAAGUUGUGGCGGCUGUGGGGGAUUCUUUAACAGCAGGGAACGGCAUCGGAUCCAGCCCUAAUAACGUCCUGGAUGUCUUACGUCAGUACCGAGGUUUAUCCUGGUGCAUUGGUGGAGAUGGAAACCUCACAACUGUUACCACUUUACCCAACAUUUUAAAACAUUUUAACCACAAUGUGACGGGAUACUCGCUUGGUGUCGGUGAUCAGAAUAAUCCACAAGCUUUCCUUAAUCAGGCAGUGCCUGGUGCAAAGAGCAGGGAUAUACCAUCACAAGUGCGUACCCUGGUAACAAAGAUGAAAAAUGACAAUAUCAACUUUGAAUCAGACUGGAAGCUGAUUACUAUCUUUAUUGGUGGAAACGACCUUUGUGCAUACUGCGAAAAUAGCCUCCUUUACUCAGUGGAAAACUACGUAGGGUUUCUCAAGGAAAGCUUGGACUAUCUCCAAAAAGAGGUUCCCCGAGCUCUGGUGAACCUAGUGGAGCCUCUUUACAUAACUCCACUCAGAGAAAUGCACAUGGACGCAUCGCUGAAUUGUCCAACAUGGCUUCUAAACAUAUUGUGCCCUUGUGUGGUAAUGCCAGAGCCUAACUCUGAAGCUCUUCAAAUAUUGGAAACCGUAAACAGAGGAUAUCAGCGUUCUCUGCAUGAACUUAUUGAGUCUGGCCGGUAUGAUACCCAGUCAGACUUCACUGUGGUCAUUCAGCCUUUCCUCAGAGACAUCGCUUUGCCCAGACUGCCAGAUGGCCGUCCAGAUCGCUCUUACUUCAGCCCUGACUGCUUUCAUCUCAGCCAGAAAGCCCAAACAGUGAUGGCUCGUUCUCUUUGGAACAACAUGCUGGAACCUCUGGGAAGCAAAACCUCCAGCCAGGACUUUGAUUCUCCUUUUGAACUGAAAUGUUCAACAAAUGAUUCCCCCUUUAUUCGGACAUAUAAGAACAGUGAUUAUAUGUAUUCUGCACCCUCCCCCAAACCCGAUCCUAUUACUAAUUGGGGAAGUGAUUUUUCAUGUAAUAACUUGGCUCCCUCUGAAAGUCAACCGACUUCAGUACACAUGCUGAGACCAUCAGAUAUUCAGGUGGUGGCAGCACUGGGAGACUCUUUGACAGCAGGAACUGGUGCAAAAUCAAAUAGCAUUCUUGAUCUUAAUACAGAAUACAAAGGAGUAUCAUGGAGCAUUGGAGGGGAUCAAACUUUGGAGACUGUCACAACACUACCAAAUAUCUUGAAGAAGUUCAAUCCGGAUCUAAAGGGUUUCUCCAAAGGACAAGGACAGCUGCAAAAGGGCUUCAACAUGGCUGUUGCUGGAGCAAAGUCCUUAGAGCUUCCUGCACAAGUCCAAGCUCUCAUUAAGGCCAUGAAAGAAAACACGGAGGUGAAUUUCGAAAGUGACUGGAAACUUGUGACAAUUUUCAUCGGAACAACAGAUCUUUGUAAUUACUGCUACGAUCAAAAUAAUUUGUCACCAAAGAGUUUUAGCAACAAUCUCAUGCUAACCUUGGACAUGCUUUACGAAGAGGUACCGAGGGUGUUGGUGAAUCUGGUGGAUCUUAUGCAGGUGGAUGUGUUUAAAACUGUUAAAAAGGACACACUGGGCUGUUCACUACAGCAGAGGGUCAGCUGUCACUGCGUUAUCAAUCCAGCAAACAACGCUCCAGAGAUUGAGGAACUGAAACGAAUCAAUCGAAAUUACCAGACUGAGAUCGAGUAUCUAAUUUCUGGAGAUCGUUAUGAUGGAAAAGAAGACUUUGCUGUUGUGUUGCAACCCUUUUUCCACUAUUCCUUCAUCCCUCAAACUGGACUGGGCGAGGUAGACACCAGUUUCUUCUCUGCCGAUUGUUUCCACCUGAGUGAACGGGCUCAUGCAGAGAUGGCCAUCGCACUGUGGAACAACAUGCUGGAGCCGGUUGGCAGGAAGCAAGCCUACAACAACUUUACACACGACCGUGCCAAGAUUCACUGCCCCUCUGAGGCGUCUCCUUUUAUCUUCACUAAAGCUAACAGCCAAGCGGCACCCCCCAAGACUACUGUUGAUCCAGGCAGCAUCACCACCAGCACCAUCAGUGCCACCAUACUGCCAAAGUGUUCCACUCCCAUCCCUGUGUGGGUGCCAGUGGUUGUGGGAUUUGUGAGUUUACUGGCAGGCAUCAUUAUCUGCUGGCUCAUCAUGUCCGCCGUUCAACGCAAAAAAAGCAAGAAGAGUGCAAAAGCUGCUCAUAAUAAAGAAACUGGGUUUUAAAGUUAUAUUGUUUAUGGAUAUGAAAAAAUAACAACCCUCAUAAUGGUUUCCUAAUUUGGCAAUAAGAUUACGGGGCUCGCUGGGUGGCUUUCGCCAGCAGCGGUUAAGCUACUGUCUGUUCCAUCUGGUUGCUCCGCUUGUCUUAAGGUUGGUAACUAAGCAUUAAGUCAUUCUUUUUGCGCACUGAUGUAAUUAACUUGCAUAAAUGUAUACGUUUUGUAUUUUACCACUGUCACAUUUAUUUAUUAAUGAAAUAAAAAUCUUUAAUUUUGAC